AUGGACGCCUCCUCCCUCCGCAUCUCCAAGUUCGAUGGAACUAACUUCCACGCCUGGAAGUUCAAGAUGCAGAUGGUGCUGGAGGAACGGGACCUAUGGGAGGUCGUCAGCGGUGAGAUCAAGGCGGAACAGUGCGAGACUCAGUUGGACCAAGCGACGUACAAGAGGAAGUCAAGAAAGGCGAUGGCAGUGAUCUGUCUAGCCAUGGAAGAUUCCCAGCUACCGUUGGUCCGGUCGGCAAGUGGUGCAUGCGACGCAUGGUCAAGGUUGGAAGACCACUUCGAGAAGAAGAGUCUUGCCAACAAGCUGUUCUUGCGCCGUCGCUUCUUCACGACAAUGAUGGAAGAAGGCGACGAUGUACUCGAACACAUCAACAAGCUCAAGACGCUGGCGGAACAGCUAGAAGCGGUGGGGGCUCCAGUCUGCGAGGACGAUCUGGUGAUCACACUUCUCGGCAGCCUGAGUGACUCGUAUCAAUUCUUGAUCACAGCUUUGGAGUCGCGCUCAGACACUCUUAGCUGGGAGCUCGUGACGUCUCGACUGCUUCAUGAAGAAAUGAAGCGGAGGGAGCAAGGAAGUAAAGGUGAUGAAGCUUCGCAAGGUCAAGCGUUCAUCACAAGGGACAAUCAGCGCAAAGGGCGACCAGUGAAGAAGUCCUGGCCGUGCCACAAUUGCGGAAAGAUUGGUCACUGGAUGGCGGAGUGCCCCUCGCGCAUCCAAGAAAACACGGAGAGACACCGGCCACAGCGUGCUCAAGACAGCGGCGACCGCUAUCGAUCACAACGUGCAAACGUCGCUCAAGAAGAAGACUCGGGCGACUACCUCUUUUCGAUCGGUGAAACGACAUCUGCGAAAUCGAGCGACAUCUGGCUGGUCGACUCCGGGGCGACGCAGCACAUGACGUGCUCCAAGAAGUUCAUGCGGAACUACAAGGGGUUUGACGCUGUGGAUGUCCAUCUCGCGGAUGAUGGAAUCGUCCAAGCAAUCGGCAGUGGGGACAUUGUCAUGUCGAUGAAGACACCCCAAGGGAUGAAGAAAGGUGUGCUCACACACGUGUGGCACAUCCCAAAGUUAUCCAGAAACCUGUUCUCGGUCGGCCGCUUCACCAAGGAUGUCGGCCCAGUGACGUUCACGAAGGAUGGGUGCUAUGGAGAAGCGAAAGGGACCAAGUGGAAAAUUGGUGCCCGUGAAGGUAAAGGACUGUUCAAGCUGCAAAUGACUCCAGUGGCGCCGGAACAAGCAAAUGCAGCCAAGUCGUCGGGAUGUCAAGGGGGCACCAAGUCGUACCUCUGGCACCUUCGGCUUGGCCACAUAGGUCACGAUGGACUCAAUUGCAUCGUGACGAAGAACAUUGGAAUUGGCAUCGACAUAUCUUCGGUGAAGAAGUGGGACGUGUGUGAAGGUUGUGCUCUGGGAAAACAGACUCGAGUGCGCUUCCAAUCAAACACUACAGCUCGCACCUCCAAACUCCUCGAAGUGAUUCACAGCGACGUAUGCGGACCGAUGUCGAUGGCAACUUUCAGUGGAAAACGGUACUUCGUGACAUUCAUUGAUGACAAGUCAAGAUACUGUGUCGUCUAUCUGCUCAAGAGCAAAUCUGAAGUUGCGGCGAAGUUCAUGGAAUACGCUGCGAUGGCCGAAACGCAAACCGGAAAGCGCGUGAAGUACCUUCAAAGCGACAAUGGGGGUGAAUACAAGUCCGACAAGCUGGCACGAUUCUGCGCGGAACGGGGAAUACAACAAAGGUUCACACCCCCAUAUACUCCUCAGCUAAACGGAGUAGCUGAGAGAAUGAAUCGCACGCUGGUCGAGUGUGCGCGUUGCAUGAUGGAACACGCUGGACUGGGAAAGAGCUACUGGGGUGAAGCAGUGAUGACGGCGAUGUUUCUUCGAAACCGCUGUCCAACACGUGCCAUUCACCAAGACAAGUCUCCAUAUCAAGUGUGGACGAUGAAGAAACCGAUUCUGGCCAACCUUGUUGAAAAGACAGCGGCUGUGAAGAAGACACCUCGUCAAGCUGCGUCAAGUGUUGAAGCAAGUGGAAGACCAAGCUUCGCUAUACCGGUGGGUACCGGUAUGUACCAGUAA